GAGAGAUGCAGCAGUAGCAUUCUACAGUGGCUACGUUACCGUCACAAUUUUAGUGCAUGCCACGACCCUACCUGCUAAUGCAAAACGGCACUCAAAUCGUCAAAUCGGGAAACUAGCAGACUACGGGUGUCAGAGUGGAAAGGGAACUAACGGUGGAAACUCUGAUGAUGAUGAGGAUGAUGAUGUUGAUCAGUGGAGGAUCCAUCGUCAGCGCUGAGGCAGUAUGGGAUCAUGUCACCAUGGCCGACAGGGAGUUGGCAUUUAAGGCGGGGGAUGUAAUCAAGGUCCUCGAUGCAUCAAAUAAGGACUGGUGGUGGGGACAGAUUGACGAUGAAGAAGGAUGGUUCCCAGCCAGCUUUGUGAGGGUUGAACCCCACCUACCACAACCUCAAACAAAACAGGUUUUCUAUAUCAACCCUAUAGCAGCUCCAAGGUUCCAAAACACAACUUCCAAGCUGUGGGUGAACCAGGAGGAGAACACGGCGGUAGAGACAGUUGAAGGAGCUAGCCCCAGCCCCAGUGAGGUCCAGAACGGCCAUGCAGAUGCCAGCCCCAGCAGCAGCGACUGCCUGUGCCAGCCUGCCCAGGACAGAGACCAGAUGAGGGCCAACAUAAUCAAUGAGAUUAUGAGCACAGAGCGUCACUACAUCAAACACCUGAAGGACAUAUGUGAGGGUUACUUCCGGCAAUGUAAAAAAAGAAGAGACAUGUUCAACGACGACCAGUUGAGGGUCAUAUUUGGGAACAUUGAAGAUAUCUAUAGAUUUCAAAUGGGCUUUGUCAGAGACCUGGAGAAGCAGUACAAUACAGAAGAACCUCAUCUCAGUGAAAUAGGUCCCUGCUUCCUAGAGCAUCAAGAUGGCUUUUGGAUAUAUUCGGAGUACUGCAACAACCACGUGGAUGCCUGCAUGGAGCUCUCUCGACUGAUGAAGGAUGGCCGCUAUCAGCAAUUCUUCGAGGCAUGUCGCCUGGUGCAGCAGAUGAUUGACAUCGCCAUUGACGGUUUCCUGCUCACGCCCGUCCAAAAGAUCUGCAAGUACCCUCUGCAGCUGGCAGAGCUGCUCAAGUACACUGUCCAGGAGCACAGUGACUACCGUUAUGUCGCUGCAGCGCUGGCCGUAAUGAGGAAUGUCACUCAGCAGAUUAACGAGCGGAAGCGUCGCCUGGAAAACAUUGAGAAGAUAGCACAGUGGCAGGCGUCUGUGCUGGACUGGGAGGGGGAUGAUAUUCUAGACAGGAGUUCAGAGCUGGUCUACACUGGGGAGAUGUCAUGGAUCUACCAGCCGUAUGGGCGGAGUCAGACUAGGGUCUUCUUCCUGUUCGACCAUCAGAUGGUUCUGUGUAAAAAGGACUUGAUACGACGAGACAUUCUGUACUACAAGGGCCGCAUCAAUAUGGACAGGUACAAUGUAGUCGAUGCCGUAGAUGGGCGGGAUGAUGACUUCAACGUGAGUGUGAAGAACGCGUUCAAGCUGAGUAAUAAGGACUCAGACGAGAUCCACAUCUUCCUGGCCAAGAAGCUGGAGGAGAAACUUCGCUGGCUCAGAGGUUUCCAUGAGGAACGCAAGAUGGUGCAAGAGGAUGAAAAAAUAGGGUUUGAGAUAUCAGAGUAUCAGAAGCGGCAAGCUGCAAUGACAGUGCGAAGAAUGACCAAACAGAAAGGCCAUAGGUCUGUGCCCCCUGGAUACCCCCCUCCUAUGGACCCCAUGAAUCCAGGACAGUACUUAGUUGGAGACAGCAUGGAACAAUCAGAAUUUGAAUUCCCUGAACCUGAAAGGUGCAAGUCUCCCUUCUGGCAGAGCUUCAGCAGGUUAACCCCCUUUAGGAAAUAGAGAAGAGAUAGUUUAGAAAGACCACCUUAUUUUUUUUUAGAAGCACUAUUCUAAUUCAAUUGUGACUUUUUUAAAGGGAAAUCUGAACACAAUAGUAUUUGGACCCAAGAGUAUUUGGAUUGUCACACAUUUAGCUUGUGAGCAUCUCAUUAAUGACUGUACUGUUAUAAUCACUUUACCUGUAUGAGUGCAAUGACUACUAGCAACACAACUACCACAGUGAACCACACUUUUGGAUCCUGAGAAACCUUCCUGUCUCCUGAACUGUGAGAAUGUUUUUGUGACCUCUACUAAUCCUUGUACAGUGGAAAAGGGAAUCGCAGGUUUCAAGAAAGAACACAAUGAACAUUAAUUUUGUGUCCACAUUUAAAAAUGAGGAAGCGCUAGUCAUACAUUGAUCUUUAUGCCAAAUCUGGUUGUGUCCUACAGUUCACUGUGACCUUAAUGGGCAUUUUAUAGGUUUCUCUUCUUUUAUUUUCUUGUUUUUGUUAAAAUGUCAAAUGCUGGCCAAAUGCAUCAAUCUUGUAUUGUUUUUGUUAUUAUUUAUUAAAAUGGUAUUUUUGUUAAUUUG